UCUGUGUGUAAAUAUAUUAACGUUUCGUAGAGCAAACGCAAACGGUUCACGAACACUUUCAAUUACUCAUGGAGGAUAACAGUGUGAUCGAUCCGGAAGCACCGGAUGUAACACCUGACAGCCUUCCGAAGUGGUACAAUCAAAAUUUGUACAAAGAAGCUCAAAAAUAUUAUUUACGAAAUAUAUCAUCAGUAUUAGCGGCAACCACAAUCGGAAUUAUUGUAGUAUUUUCAGUGGCGACAAUACGAAAGAUACUCGAGCACACAAAACGAAGUAGUUCGACUCAUAUGGCUUUAAAAAGAUAUAUUGAAACUGCUUUGCAUUUACACAACUUAUAUACGUGCGAUUCAACUGAUAUAAACUCUAAAUGGUACAAGUCGAUGAAUGUAAUUCGUUGGUAUCACAAAAUGGGCAGCAAGAAAGCAAAGAUUGCUGGCAUUGGGGAAAUUACUCAAAGAGAUAUGGUACUUACACAAUUUGCUUUUCUUGGAUACUUCUUUCUUUUUUCCGAGCAUUUUGGAGUGUGCAAUACAUUGGAAGAAGAUGAAGCGCUUAAUCAUUUCUGGCGUGUAAAUGGCUACAUGUUAGGAAUCCCUGAUAGAUUUAAUUUGUGUCGCAAAAACGCAAAAGAAACUAUUGAAUUAUGUGAAAAGGUGAAAGAUCUGUAUAGAACUUAUUUACGCGAUGCUCCACGUGAAUUUCAUGACAUAACAACAUAUUCUAUAGAUGGCGUUUGGUAUGUUAGUCCCAUAAUUGAUAAAGAUGCUAUUAUAUCAUACACGUAUGAAUUGCAUGAUCUAGAAUAUAAAAAGCUUGGAUGGUAUAGUUGGUUAAAUAGAAAACAUUAUGAAUGCAUAUUUUAUUUGUGUCUUGUACCUUACGUUCGAGUAAUAAUGAAAAUAUAUGGUUACUGCUUAGUUAAGCUCGUACUUUGGACUUCGCAAAACUUUCCUCUACUUGCAUGGAUGAAAUUUGGGAGAGAUAAAGUUAAGCUUAAUUUAUACCCUAAAUAUUCCAAUCAGCAAUGAUUUAAAAAAUAUUUUUAAAAACAUUAUUUGUUGACUCGGAUACAUUUAAAACAAGAGAAAUAAAAAUUAAAUAAAAAGCCUAUUUUAUAGACGACUUUUAGAUAAUUUAUGUUCUGUGAUUAUAAUAAAUAUUCAAUUUAUAAUUUUUAGUGUAUAACACGAAAAACAAUUGGAAAAUCAAUCCAUAUGUAUAACCCCCUGUAUCUAACAGAUUUUUUAAUAUAAUUUGUAGACACGCGUGUCUGACAAAAUAUAUAAACAUUU